AUCCCAAGCCAGAGGUGACAGAAGGAAAGAAGGAAACACUCCCCGAGAUGACAUGAGGAAGAAACCUUGAGAGGAACCAGACUCAAAAGGGAACCCAUCCUCAUCUGGAUAACAGCUGAUAGGGGAGGAGCCUGAGCUGGGUGGGCCGAGCUCCACGACAAGCUCGCGCUCAGCAGAGCAGCAUUCAUACAGCGCGAGAGACGGAGACUGGGUUUCACUCGCAGUGCAGCCUUUUCCACGAUGCCUUUCUUGGAUUUGCAUACUCCAUUCCCAGUAAUCCAUGCUAAGGAUUUUUACCUGACUUAAGGGACACUUCAUGACAUUACAUCAUAAGAAAUUUGGAUACUGACGUACACUGGUACUCCAGAGCCCCUUAGUGGACUAAAGGGGUGGAUUGCACGGGUGGUAGACAGUCCAGCCAGAGACCAGGACCAUGGCUGACUCGGUGUACUCGCACCUCAUAGCAAUGCACUACAACUUCACUGGGAAAUUCCGUAAAGUAGAAAAGGAUCCUGGACUCAAGGCCGAUUCUGUCGUGUUUAUCAUUGUGUGCUGCUUCAUCAUUCUAGAGAACGUGCUGGUUCUUCUCACCAUUUGGCGGACCAAAAAGUUCCACAAGCCCAUGUACUAUUUUAUUGGGAACUUGGCUCUAUCGGACUUGCUGGCUGGAGUGGCAUAUACGGCCAACAUCCUACUCUCAGGAGCUAAUACGUAUAAACUGAGUCCCACGCAGUGGUUCUUCCGGGAGGGCAGCAUGUUUGUAGCGCUGGCUGCCUCUGUCUUCAGCCUCUUGGCCAUUGCAAUCGAGCGCCACCUUACUAUGCUCAAAAUGAAGCUCCACAACAGUGGAAACACGUGCCGUGUCUUCAUGCUGAUCAGCACAGUGUGGUUCAUUGCUGCCAUCCUGGGUGGCUUGCCCGUCAUGGGCUGGAACUGCAUCCACAGCAUGAAGAAUUGCUCGACAGUGCUGCCACUCUACCACAAGACCUACAUCCUCUUCUGCACCACCGUGUUCAGCGUGAUCCUCAUGGCCAUUGUGGUGCUGUACGCCCGGAUCUACACACUGGUUCGCACACGUAGCCGCAAACUCGUCUUCCGAAAGGUCUCAAACGGCCGGGGGAGCGGGAACAAGAGCUCGGAAAAGUCCAUGGCCCUGCUGAAGACGGUCAUCAUUGUCCUGAGCUGCUUCAUCGCCUGCUGGGCGCCGCUCUUCAUCCUGCUCCUGCUGGAUGUAGCCUGCGAGAUCCGUACCUGUCCCAUCCUCUACAAAGCUGAGUGGUUCCUCGCUUUGGCUGUGAUGAACUCAGCAAUGAACCCUCUCAUCUACACACUCACCAGCAACGAGAUGCGCAGGGCCUUCCUCAAGAUGCUGCUGUGCAGCGUGUGCACUCAGCCCACUGGCAAGUUCUCCAGACCCAUCAUUGGGGCAGAGUUCAGCCGGAGCAAAUCAGACAAUUCAUCGCAUCCCAACAAGGAAGAGCCUGAGUACUCACCCCGGGAAACGGUCGUGUCCUCAGGAAACGUUGCAUCCUCAUCAUAAAAGGGACUGUGGACAUUUUCCUGCCUUUUCUUAUUUAGUGAAUGUAUGCGUAUGUGUGGAGAUCCCACUGGACAUGUAAACAAGAAAGUUUGUCCAAUCCACACCGCUUUUGUUUCGUAAGUGAGAAUAGAGCUUCAUUUUUAUCUAACUAACACCCACGUGUACAACAGUGUUAACGGAUCAUGGAGACAGACAGUCAAAGAUCUAAUGUCGGGCCAGGACACAGUGGGACAGUGAACAAACAACAUGUUUGGGGUCAUUUUUGUUCCUCAGCUGGUUCCUCAUCCACAUGCUGCACAAUCAUAAGAUUGUGCUGUAGAUUUUCAAUUUAAUUAUGGUUCACAACAUGGACAAAGUUUGAGCGUCCAUGAGUGGAUCUGAGUGGACCGAGUCUUUAUGCACGUGUCUGAUUCACAGGUCUCCUGGAGCUGUGUGGAUUGAAAUGGGGGGAAAAAAUGGAAUCAAACGAGUCGAGUUACUAAAAAAAAACUCUAGAAAAGCUUUUAUGUGUAAAUUGGAAUGGUUUAUAGUGUACAGUGUGUUUGGAUGGUUGUAUUAACAUUACAACAUUACAACAGUUUCUAAGCCAAUAUUUCUUACCUGGUAUGAAGGGCUUGACUGGGAGAAAUAGACUGAAACAAGAAAAACACUUUUUUACCCUGAACUGCAAAAAUAUUAAAUAAGUGCAAGACUCUUGAAGGUCACGGCAGCACUGAAAUGUCUUCCUCCGAUUACAAAAUGCACUUAACAACCUGAGCUCUGUAAACCUGAUUAAUCAGUAUUACCCAUUGUUUUUUUUCUUUAUCACAUGGAAACGUUCUAAUUUGAGGAACGUUUAGGAUAGCACUUCUUGUAAAAGUGCUCUUUGAGAGCCAUCUUAGGCCUUUAACUGACUUGUUAUAAUGUAUUAGCAUAUUGGCCUUGUUUUGUACCAUUUCAUGCCCUUACAGGAAAAAAGUGUGAUUUUUACACAUAAUUUUUGCACGUCACAUAUUCAUAUGAACUUAUAUAAACAUGUAAAGAAAAAUAACAUGCAGUGGAAAAAUUCACGCAUCAUAUCUCGUGUUAAAGUUCUGAAAAACAGUAUUUUUUUUCCUGUAAGGGCAAAAAUCAAAUUAAAGAAAUGCAGUAAAAAAAAAA